UUCGGAGCGUGCGCAACGAGGCCGCGCUCCUUUGGUCCCUUCGGCUUGCCAUCGGUCGAGGGGACGAGCGCCGCAGCCUUUGGGGAGUCGGCGAAGUCAUGGCGGCCGUUGAAGGGGAACCGGACGCUUUCGAUGCUAUAGUGAUGGCAGAAACGAGAUUUCAUGGUGAAGGCUAUCGGGAGGGUUAUGCUGAAGGAAUCCAUGCUGGUGUUAUGGAAGGAAGGCAAUACGGAGUGCAACAGGGUGCCAGCAUUGGCUCAGAAGUAGGGUCAUACCUUGGUUUUGCAGUGAUGUGGCAACAGUUGCUUUGGAAAACAUCAGAUGAAAAAUACAGCAAAAAGAUAAAAGUCCUGGAGCUGCUAAUAGAGAUGAUUCAAAAUUUUCCUUUGGACGAUCCAGUCUAUGGCAAACUUCAAGAUGACUUGGAGAAAAUUAGGGGACGGUUUAAACAAGUUUGCUCAUUACUGCAUAUUCCAUCUGAUUUAAGACUUGGUUCUGAGAGAAUUCCAUUUUCAUUUUGAAAGCAACAUGAAAAGAAAAUUUCUGCUGGAUAUAAAAAAGUGGUUAAAUCUCACACAGAGGUGAACAUCUUUUAUUUUCUGCCCACUGAGCAGAAAACUAACCUUUUAAAAGGAUAAAGCUAAUAAUUUCA